AUGUGCUUUACCCUUGCGGGUGGGAACAACUCAGAGACGGUUUGCAUUUCAGGCUUGGGGCAGGACCAGAUGCAGCUAGUGAGCCCCACGCAGCUCGCGUACCCCGCUGAGUCAACGCUUACACAGUUGGAAGGCGUCUUCGCGUCUUCGAACACGACGCUGGCUAUCACGUGUGGUCCACUUGAGGCAGGGGCCACGUCAAUAGACAUUCCGGCAGGGGCUGAGGCGCUCGUCUCGGUGGGCACGUGCUUGACCCUUGCGGGUGGGAACAACUCAGAGACGGUUUGCAUUUCAGGCUUGGGGCAGGACCAGAUGCAGCUAGUGCACCCCACGCUAUUCGCGCACCCCGCUGAGUCAACGCUCACACUGUUGGAAGGCGUCUUCGCGUCUUCGAACACGACGCUGGUUAUCACGUGUGGCCCACUU